AGACCUCAACGUCCGCUCGCGCAGUCAUGGCGGACGUCGGUGCCUGCGAGGCCCAGGAGCGAGUCGGGCGAGUGGUGCUGCCGGGGGAGGCGCUGCUCCUGCCGGGCCACGCAGAGGCGGACAACGAGCGGCUACGCUUGUCGGCCAACGGGCCUCAGAAGGGGAAGCUGGUGUGCGGGCCGGGCCUGAGGCGCGGCGGAGAAGGCCUGCUGGUUACGAAGUGCGGCCUACUUCGUUACCGCGGCCCCGGAAGUGGCUCCGGAGGCGUUUAUUGGGUAGACUCUCAGCAGAGGCGGUAUGUACCAGUCAAGGGAGACCACGUGAUAGGCAUAGUAACUGCCAAAGCUGGAGACAUAUUCAAGGUGGAUGUUGGAGGAAGUGAGCAGGCCUCUCUCUCCUACUUGGCAUUUGAAGGGGCAACCAAAAGGAACAGGCCAAAUGUACAGGUGGGAGAUCUUAUUUAUGGACAAUUCAUUGUUGCUAAUAAAGACAUGGAACCUGAGAUGGUGUGUAUAGACAGCAGUGGCCGGGCAAAUGGAAUGGGAGUCAUUGGACAAGAUGGUUUCUUAUUCAAGGUUUCAUUAGGCCUAAUCAGAAAACUCCUAGCUCCAGACUGUGAAAUUAUCCAGGAUUUGGGACAACUAUAUCCAUUUGAGUUGGUGUUAGGAAUGAAUGGAAGAAUUUGGGUGAAAGCCAAAACAAUUCAACAAACUUUAAUUGUGACAAACGUCCUGGAAGCCUGUGAGCACAUGACUGCAGAACAGAGGAAACAAGCAGUUGCCAAAGUGUUAGAAAACCAAUAAAGGGAGGAAGCAGCUCUUUCAUUUUAUAUUGCUGGAAUAUGGAGACAACAAUAUUUUUUUUUUACUUUUGUAUUAAAUUAAAAAAUGUUACCAUUCUAA